UCUCUCUCUCUCUCUCUCUCUCGCUCUGUUUCCUCGAAAGCGAAAAAUGAAGUUUCGACCCAAACACAUUUGGCACGUGCCCAUGAAUUCAUCUAUGCCCACUUUGUUUUGAUAUUUUACUAUCUUCUCUCUUUCUUUUCUCUUUCCUCGGAAUCAGAAAAUCCAAGAACACUUCUACUUUUGGUGUUGGUACUUGUUUCUUGUUUCUUGUUUUAGUUUCAUUUCUGGGUAAAUCUUGGGAUAGAUCUGUGUAUUUUCUUUUUGGGUUUUUUUGGGAUCACUUAACCCUUUUUUUUUUUAACUUAACCUUUUGCCUUUUAUUUUAAGUUUUAUAUAUUUUUUUGGGUAAAUCUCAACACAAAAUUUUGUUAAUAUUAAGAAAUUUACAGGAUAUUUUCAUAUGUAUAGAGUUGUUAUGUUUUUUGGUUUUUGUAGCGUGUUGACUUGGUCUUUGAAAUUUAAGCAAGAAACUUCUUGCCCCCUGUUGGUAUUAUAGGGGAUAUGAAAUAAAGUCAUUAGCAAAAACUUGACUUUUCAAUUUCAAGGUUACUAGUUUUAGUGCUUUGAUGGAUAUGAUAAUGGAUUUCAAUAGAAGAGCAUGUUUGGUAGCAAUUUUUCAACUUUGGUUAUGUUUGUAUCUCCAAUACCCAUUUUGAAAUUCAGAAAAAAUGAUUUCUUUUUAUUUUAAUUUUCUGGUUUCUGAAUGUCAUAAACCCUUAUCGUGUAGCUUCUGUAUGUUUUGCAAUUUUUUUUUCUCUUAGAUAGAUACUUCGAUGCAUCGCCAUAGAUUUUUUCGCCUAUUAAAAUCUUUAGGAUUAUAAACUUCACAACAAGGUAGCUAUGUUUAAUGGAUGAUGGAUCACGGGUUCAAUAUUGGAAAUCUUUAAUAAGAGUUCUCUAAGUAGAUUAAUGGCUAAUUUGUCUGAGCCAUCAUCAUCUCUAUCAUCUCUGAGCUUUACUUCAUCUUCUCAUGUAUCGAAUAGCUCUAUUAGUCAAAAUAUAUCCUCCUCCUCAGGCUCUGAUGCUAGGCCAAGUCUUGACGUGAUUAGUUUAACCAAGCUUAGCUCCAGUUUGGAGCAGCUCUUGAUAGAUCCUAGCUGUGAUUAUAGUGAUGCUGAAAUUAUUGUUGAAGGAAAACCUGUUGGCGUUCAUAGGUGUAUUUUAGCUGCUAGGAGCAAGUUCUUUCAUGAGUUAUUUAAGCAAGAAAAGGGAUCUUCAGACAAGGGAGGGAAGCCGAAAUAUGAGAUGAGUGAUCUUUUACCUUACGGGAAGGUUGGAUAUGAAGCAUUCCUGAUUUUCUUGAACUACAUGUAUACUGGAAAACUUAAGCCAUCACCAAUGGAGGUAUCAACUUGUGUUGAUAACGUAUGUAGUCAUGAUGCCUGUAGACCUGCAAUUAAUUUUGCAGUGGAAUUGCUGUAUGCUUCGUCCAUAUUUCAAGUACCAGAGCUGGUUUCACUUUUCCAGAGACGCCUUCUCAACUUUGUUGGUAAGGCUUAUGUGGAGGAUGUAAUACCAAUCCUUGUGGUUGCCUUCCAUUGUCAAUCAAAUCAGCUUGUUGCUCAAUGUGUGGAUAGAAUAGCAAGGUCGGAUCUUGAUAACAUGUCAAUAGAGAGAGAGCUUCCCUAUGAAGUUUCAGAGGAUAUUAAGUUUCUUCGAAAAAGACCCGUGUCUGAGGAUGAAGAAAACACUGAGGCUGUGGACCCUAUGCAUGAAAAGAGAAUUAGGAGAAUACAUAAGGCAUUAGACUCGGAUGAUGUUGAACUAGUAAAACUUCUAUUGACAGAGUCUGCGGUAACGUUGGAUGAUGCCCGCGCUCUUCAUUAUGCUGCAGCAUAUUGUGACCCCAAGGUUGUGUCUGAGGUGCUUAGUCUUGAUCUUGCUGAUGUUAACCUCACAAACUCACAAGGUUACACAGUUCUCCAUGUUGCAGCGAUGCGAAGAGAACCAUCAGUCAUAGUGUCCCUCCUUGCAAAAGGGGCUUGUGCCUUAGACUUAACAUCAGAUGGGCGAAGUGCUGUUAGCAUCUGCCGGAGGUUGACAAGACCAAAAGAUUAUCAUGCUAAAAUAGAGCAGGGGCAGGAAGCAAAUAAAGAUCGACUGUGUAUUGAUGUCUUAGAGAGAGAAAUGCGUAGGAACCCAAUGGCCGGAGAUGCUUCUAUCACUUCUCAUACAAUGUCUGAUGAUCUGCACAUGAAGCUUCUGUACCUGGAGAACAGAGUGGCAUUUGCACGAUUGUUCUUCCCCACUGAAGCUAAGGUGGCAAUGGAUAUUGCGCAUGCCAAAACAACGCAUGAGUUUGCUGGCCUCUCUGCAUCAAAAGCUAAUGGGAAUUUGAGAGAGGUUGACUUAAAUGAGACACCAAUAACACAGAAUAAAAGACUUCUAUCUAGGUUGGAAGCACUUAUGAAAACAGUGGAAAUGGGUCGGCGAUAUUUCCCCAGUUGCUCUGAAGUGCUUGAUAAGUUCAUGGAAGAUGACCUUCCUGAUCUGUUUUACCUUGAAAAGGGCACCCCAGCUGAACAAAGAAUCAAGAGGAUGCGCUUCAUGGAGCUCAAGGAAGAUGUUCAGAAGGCCUUUAAUAAGGAUAAGGCUGAGCGUUCAGUGUUGUCGUCCUCAUCGUCCUCAUCUUCUCUAAAAGAUGGCACUAGUAACAAGCUCAGAAAACUGUGAAAACGUGUAAAAUAUGUUUUAAUAAGCGGUUGUAACUGAAUAGUAGGUUUUGGGAGGGGAGAGUCUUCAAGUUUUGGCUCUGGUUGCAUAAUUUUAGCUUGUGGGCAAACUGGGUUCGAUGAGCUAAAACUCUCUGCUUAUACCUUUUGACAAUUCAUAGAAAAUUUUCGUUUCUUACCUGUAAGAACUUCGAUUAUAGAAAUUUACAGUUGAUUCAUUCAAGUCUA